AUGGAAGUGCUGCUUGCCCUUAGACAGUGAUUCUGUUUUUUUUCUCAAAUCAUUUCAAAUCUGGUGAUUUUCAGUGCUCGAUAAAGGGAAUUUAAAGGAGAAUACUAUUGCUUUCAAUAUAAGAGAGUGUUAAUUUGGAUUAAAAAGAUCACUCCUUUUUGGGAUGAAGGUUUAUUUACUGUGAGAGUGCUUCUGAUGUUAAGCCAAAGAAGAGAAAAAUGAAGCGCUGAUGGAAUCUGUGGGCUGGAUCUCAUCUAUGGAAGGACGGAUUUUAGCCAGUGUGGAAGUGGAACACUGUGGGAGACAUGGCUCCAUAAAACCUUAAAUAUUAGAUGAGGAGUCCUUAUGACAAAUAUGAGCUGGGCCUUCUUAACACGUCUUCUUGAAGAAAUCCACAAUCAUUCCACCUUUGUUGGCAAGGUAUGGCUGACGGUGCUGAUUAUAUUCCGCAUCGUGCUGACUGCGGUUGGAGGAGAGUCCAUAUAUUCUGAUGAGCAGAGCAAAUUUGUCUGUAACACCAAACAGCCUGGGUGUGAGAAUGUCUGCUAUGAUGCAUUUGCACCUCUUUCCCACGUGAGGUUCUGGGUUUUUCAGAUCAUCAUGAUAUCAACCCCAUCUGUGAUGUACCUUGGCUAUGCCAUCCAUAAGAUUGCCAGAUCCACUGAAGAAGAAAAGAAGAACAAAUUCUUCAAGAAGAAGAAACUACCAACUGUACGAUGGCAAGCCCACCAUAAUUCAGAACAGACAGGGGAUGAAGAUGAGGAAGAGCCAAUGAUCUAUGAUGAAACAGAAAGUGAAAAAAAAGAAGCCAGUAACCAUCAAAAACACGAUGGGAGACGACGCAUCUUGCAAGAAGGUCUGAUGAAAAUGUACGUUUUCCAGUUGAUUUUCAGAGCUAUGUUUGAAGUGGCUUUCCUCCUGGGACAAUAUUUUCUGUAUGGAUUUGAAGUUGACCCAUCAUAUGUCUGUACUAGACAUCCCUGUCCUCACACUGUGGACUGCUUUGUCUCAAGGCCUACAGAGAAGACAGUCUUCCUCAUUGUAAUGUAUGUAGUCAGUUGCCUUUGCCUGAUUCUUAAUAUCUGUGAAAUGUUCCAUCUGGGCUUUGGAACCAUCAGAGAUAUCAUACGUAGCAAACGACGUAACCAGAGCAACAUGCGACCUUUCCCUUACCAUUAUCCUCGGAACAUUCCGUCAUCACCACCAGGAUACAAUCUGGUGGUCAAAUCGGACAAGUCCACCAAGGUUCCAAAUGGCCUUGUGGCUCAUGAGCAAAACUUAGCAAAUGUAGCCCAAGAGCAACAGUCCACUAGUCCAGAUGACAAUAUUCCACCUGACUUGGCCAGGCUCCACAAGCACUUGAAAGAUGCCCAGGAGCAGUUAGACAUUGCAUUUCAAAGUUAUAACAGCCAAGAGAAUGCACAGAAAUCCAGGACCAGCAGCCCAACAUCAGGAGGCACUGUAGCAGAGCAAAACCGUGUCAACACUGCUCAUGAGAAACAGGGUGCUAAGCCCAAACCUGGUUCAGAGAAAGGCAGCUCCAGUAGCAAAUCUGGAGAUGGAAAAACAUCUGUUUGGAUUUAACUUGUGUUUCUAUUCAAUUAAGUUUACAAUGGUCCUUUUAAGAAAAAGACAAUAGCCGCUUUCUGCACAUUUUACUACAAUCUGCUUUCUCUUAGAUAACCAAUGUGAUAACAAUUUGGCUCUUUGGGUUAUAAGAGUAGACAAGGCAACCAACAUGAAAUCUUGAUCGAUGAUGGUGCAAAUCGGAGAAUUCGAUACUGGAUGCCUCAUUUGCAGUGUUCCUGAUUUCUAGCCAUCAAAAUCAAUGACUGGAAAGUUGAGAGGCCCAUAAAUCAGACACACAAAUCUUUUUACCAAUCAUCUGAUCUGUAGUCCCAUUAAAAAAGGUGCUGUGCUGGGCUCAUUGUGCUGUCCCUCUCAACUCUUCGUAAACCACUAGGAGUCUACUUGUACUCAACAUCAAAAUAUCAUAAACGUCUAGAGUCAUAUGUAAUAAGGAUACAUGUUUUUGUAGUGACAGAGAUUACAGAUGUCUUCAUUUGAAAAUUUAAGUAGUUGUCCGGCCACUAUUCUUCAUCUUUACCUGAUUAUUUAUGUGCCUACUUCACAGGAAACAAGCCAUUGACUCCAAUAUGGCUACAAAGAAUACGUUGCACUGGUCAUUUUAUUUUCUAGUCCAAUUUCUUUUAGUAGCCAUUUCACCUUAUGAUAAUGGGUGAGUUCAAAAUGUCAGGACUUUAACUGACAACUGUAAAGGGAAAUAUAAACACGGAAAUGCAUUACAAAAGACAUGCUUCCUGUCCAGUCAAAUUGUCCUAUGUCUUGCUACAGAAAGUUUCCCCAUCUCAUACUCUGUUGCCCUUUUUCAGAUCCAAAAUCUAAGACAUUUUCAGGUUGCAUUGUUCGGAACUCAAUUUCUGUAGGCUUUGUAAAUUUAUUUACCCUUGUCAAGAUUAUCUCACGUUAAUGUGAACAUUUUAUAGAUAUAAUAGUUUCCUUUAAAAAAAAUCUAAUGUAGCUUAACUAAUUUUACAAAAGAUAUACAUUGUCUUAAAAGGCCUGUGGAAGAAGGGAAAUUUGAGAUGUUGCCCAAGGAAUGUCAGGAAGUGUUUGUGUAGAGACAUUUGCAGACUGGACCUUCUCAUCUUUGUGAUUAAGACAAAAGGU